UUUUCUAUUUAAGAUUUCAGUUUUCAUUUUCUGUUUUAUUGACGAAUUUUAUAAUUUUUAUUUCAGAAAUUUUGUUUUAUUUUUUUCUCUUUAAGGCUACAAUGAGUGACCGCGUUUUACGUUCUCAUACUACAAAGGAGAUGAAGGAGAAAAAACUUUCUAAUGAGGCUGAAAAACUUGUUAAAGACCUGCAAAAAUCUGUUGUACGUAAUCGUUUAUCAUCAACGGAAUUGGCGGUUAAGCGUAAAGAAUUUCAAGAUGGAAUUAAACGUGAAAAGGAAAAGACUGCGGAGGCAAAAAAACUUCGUGAUGUUCCAAUUAAAUACAAUGGACCAAUGGAGGGCGGCAGUGAUGAUUUAAUUAGUAAAUUAAAAGAACGACAUAAAGAGAUGACUGAGUUUAUUGACAACGAAAUUGCUUUUGUUUUAAAUUUGUGCAAGGAGCUUGACAUUAAUGUGGAUGAUAUUAUGAAUGAGGAUUCGGAGGAGGUUUAA